AUGUCCCAGCAUUCCUCCGGUGGUGGCGGAGGAGGCCCCUGCCACUGCACGCCCGAGGACUGUGACGGCCCGGGCAGAGACUACUACCAGGGUCACAGCGACGGCCACUACUACCCUCCAGGAGGUCCAGCUGAGGCCCUGGCACUGGAGAGGCACCAUUCCCACCCCCACUCGCACUCCCAUAGCCACUCUGGAGGGGGAACCUUCCCCCGCUCCCACCCCAGCCAGCACCCACCUCUCCAGUCGUUUGACUCUUGCGAGGAGUGCCUGUCCUCCGGCCACGGAGGGAAGAUGCACCGCAUUCCCCCGAAUCUGAUAGACCAGUUUGAGAAGCAGGUGCCCUUUCAUCCUGAUGGCUUCCACACACUGCAAUACCAGCGCACCACUAGUGGGGGUGCCGAGCAGCGCAGCGAGAGCCCCUCACGUAUCCGACACCUGGUCAACUCUGUGCAGCGCCUCUUCGCCAAGUCCCAUUCCCUGGAGGCACCAUCCAAACGGGAGUACAACGGCACGAGAGGAGGUGGCGACUACCGUGGCGAGAGAGGAGGGGGCCACAGGAGUGGAGGGGAGGACGGCGGAGGCCACUACUCCGGCCACCAGCCUCGCUCUACCAGGAGGAGCAAGUCUCGAGAGCGGAGCAAGAGUGGAGACUCGCGGCACGAGUCGGGCAGGCGCCACCGCAGCAGGACGGCAGGCUGGUGGAGCUCUGAUGACAACCUGGACAGCGACAGCAGCUUCCUGGUCAGCGGGGGCAGACGGGGGUAUCCCAGCGGACACGAGAGCCUGGAUGCAGCCAUCCAGGAGCUCACCAUGAAGAGGCCCAAGGAGCGUGGCGGUGGGCCGGGGCCUGGGGAGUGCAUGGCCUGUACCACAAUGGCUCUGGCUGGGAAUGAAGGCGGGGGACACCACGGGCACCAUGGCCACUCCCUGAAAAGGAGCACCUGGUCAGCCAUGACAGUGAGUCAGGCCAGGGAGGUGUACCCAUCCAGGGGAGGAGCCUACGACAAAGCCCUAGUGCCCGUGGAGAGUAAGCUGAAGGAGAGGACCUUCCACUACCUGCAGGUCCCGUCAGAAGACUGGGGUGGUGGGUAUGGCGGUGGAGUCGACAGCGGAGGGGAGAUUCCAUGCCGGCGCAUGCGGAGCGGCAGCUACAUCAAGGCCAUGGGCGACGAUGACAGCGCUGACUCGGACACCAGCCCAAAAGCCUCGCCGAAGUCCACCCUGAUCGCCCAGAGGGACGCCUUCAGACGGUCUAUCAGCAUGGAUCAAAGGUACUCAUGUAAGCAGUGUACGGACUCCUACCCCAACACCCGAACUACACCCAAAACCCACACCCGCUCUCGCAGUUACACCCGCUCUCUGACCAGCUCACAGCUGGGAGACACGUUGAACCGUCAGUUUGAGGCGGUGUGUGAGACCAUGUUCGGGGAGGUGGAGUCUCAAGCCGUGGAGGCCCUGGAUCUCCCAGGUGUGUUCCGCACUCGCAGCCACAGCUACGUCCGCGCCAUCCAGGCCGGCUGCUCCCAGGACGACGACUGCCUCUCCGUCUUCUCCAUGUCGGGCCCCCAGGGAAGCAUCAAGAGCGGGGCCGUCUUUCCUUAUCGCAAAGGUGCUCCUCCCCCACUCCCACCUCGCAUGUCAAAGUCUUCACUCUCAGUGCGAGCCCAGAGCAGCACCGAGUCCACCCAGGAUGCCUACUUCCAGAACAGCGGACAGUUGGCCUCGAGCUCAGGCCCGGGGCGUCCCAAGCAGCACAGCAACUCCGUGGACCUGGGCAGCUCUGACGGCCCCUCGGGUCGCUCCUCCAGAGGAGGCUACUACACCGCCACGGGCCCUGGACGUUCCCGACAGCACAGCAACUCGGCAGAGAGCCUAGAUGGGGUGAGGGGUUCGAGGGAGCUGGUGCCCUACGGAGGAGGUCCGGGAGUCGGGGUGAGGGCCAAACACAGCAGCUCGGCCGACAGCCUGCUGGAGGGGCCGCCGAGGCCGGUCAGGGAGAGGGACGGCAGGGGCGGGGGCAGCCUGGGAAAGUCAGUCUCCCUGCCUCAGAACAGCAUCGUGCUGAGUAAAGCUGGGGGGCAGGACGAAGGGCGUGGUGGGAGAAAGUGGAGACCAUCUAUAGCUGUACAGGUGGACAGCUCAGAGACUCUCUCAGAUUCGGACGCUGAGGGCAAAGCUCUCACAGAGGUCCACUCUAUAGGAGUCCAAGUAGAAGAUGACAAAAGGCGGGCUCGUUUCAAGCGCUCCAACAGCGUGACGGCGAGCGUGCAGGCCGACCUGGACCCCGAGGGCUUCCCGGGGCUCAGCAUCGCUGUGCCAACACAGGACAAGAGUCUCCAGUUCGGCUGUUCCUUCCAAAGGCACUCGUCAGAGCCGGAGUCAGCUAGCCAGUACACGGAGUGCCACCGCACCGUCCACACACAGGGACAAUGGGCCUACAGAGAGGACUUUAUCCAGAGUGGCUACACCACUGAUUCCUGCCCAGCAGACCCACGGCCCCACCAGCACCCACACCUGCCUCCACGUUCCCACUCCCCUCUGCCCAUCGCCUCUGAGAGAGCUUGGGCGGGGACGCCGUCCCUGGAGGGCCCCCGGAGCCUGCCAGACUCGGGCCGAGCCUCGCCCUGCAUGAGAGAUGGAGAGUUCUUCUUACGCCUCCUGCAGACGGAGGUGGAGAGGAUGGAGGGCUGGUGCCAGACCAUGGAGAGAGAGGCAGAGGAGAACGAACUGCCAGAGGAGAUUCUUGAGCUGAUUCGAAAUGCAGUUGGCAGUGCCCAGAUGCUCAUGUCUCAGAAAGUCCAGCAGUUCUUCCGCCUCUGCCAACAAAGUGUGGACCCAUCAGCGUACCCCCAGCCUACCUCUCAGGACCUUGCAGGCUUCUGGGACCUGCUCCAGCUCAACAUAGAGGACGUCAGGGUCAAGUUUCAGGACCUCCAGAGGCUCAAGGACUCUAGUUGGAGGCUCCCACCUGAAAAGAAGGAGGAUAAGAAGCUUCCUCCUCCCUUACCAAAGAAGCCAGCAGGCGGGGUGAGUGGCAGCCUCCGGGGCGAUAGCGGCGGGGAUGGGGGCGCCGGAGGUGGGUCGGGGGGCCUGGUGGUGCCUCGCCUGGGUGGACACACCCUACCCAUCAAGGAGAAGUCCCUGGACCUCGGGGACCGUCAGAGGACAGAGGCGAGGAGGAGGCUGCUGCAGACCAAGCGUGCCGCCUCCUUCAGGCAGAACUCGGCCACAGAGAGCGCCGACAGCAUCGAGAUCUACAUCCCCGAAGCCCAGACUCGACUCUGA